AUGGAUUCCUUUGUGUACAAUGCCAACCCUGGACGGGUUGUCUUCGGAUCAGGGACAUUGAAACAACUACCGGAGGAAGUCGAACGACUCAAUCUCUCUGCUCCUCUUCUCCUAUCCACACCCCAACAAGUGAGCCAAGCCGAGCACUUGAAACAAGUCCUCAAUGGCAAGAUUGCAGGCAUAUUCACCGAAGCUACAAUGCAUACACCCACCGACGUAACGGAAAAAGCACUGCAAUAUGCCAAAGAUAUAAAAGCGGAUGCAGUGGUCUCAAUCGGUGGUGGAAGUACCAUUGGUUUGGGCAAGGCAAUUAGCAUUCGUACUGGAUUGCCGCAUAUCUGUAUUCCUACGACAUAUGCUGGAAGUGAAAUGACGCCGAUUUUGGGAGAGACGGCAGAUGGGGUGAAAAAGACCAGAACUGAUCCGAAGAUUCUUCCCGGGACUGUGAUUUACGAUGUUGAUUUGACCAUGACCCUCCCCGCGGCAAUGAGUGCGACGAGUGGAGUCAAUGCUAUUGCUCAUGCUGUGGAAGCACUUUAUGCACGCAAUACAAAUCCCAUCAUCAACCUCCUGGCCCUAGAAGGUACCAAAGCGUUGGCAUCAUCUCUCCCAGAGAUUGUGGAGAACCCAUCUUCACCCUCAGCACGUUCCCAGGCCCUCUACGGAGCAUGGCUAUGCGGUACCUGUCUCGGUAGUGUCGGGAUGUCUAUUCACCACAAACUCUGUCAUACUCUAGGCGGUAGUUUCAACCUCCCUCAUGCGGAAACGCAUACUGCCGUGCUUCCUCAUGCCAUCUCAUAUAAUGCGCCUCGCAUCCCGGAAGCCAUGAAGAAACUAGCCGACGCACUGCCGGAAAGUAAUGGGGAUGCUAUUCAUGGCCUCAAUGUACUCUUAUCGAAACUCAAGGUCAAGAGAGGCCUGAAAGAUUUUGGUAUGAAGGAGGAGGAUAUUGAUAAAGCUGCGGAUAUUGCUGUUAGCAACCCUUACUGGAAUCCCAGGGAGAUUGAGAGGGCUCCCAUCCGCGAGUUGAUUCGUAGGGUGUGGGCUGGCGAACCAGCAAGAGCUGAUCUGUAGAUUAAUUGACCUAGUAUAUACCAUAAGGAAGAUAGCCUCCGAGAAUGAAGCUGUUGUGGAAAUGGCC